AUGCUUACUGCCGUGCGGUGCAUGCUGUCUAAGCUAGUCUCGCCAUUGUGGAGGACUGUGGAGGUGGACGAAGAAGAAGAAGAAGGCCCCUUCUCCGGGACACCAGGCAUGAAGGAGAUCCGCCACCUGCGGGGCAGCGUGGUAACACAGAUGUGCCUCGACUAUGGCAUGAUAGACGGCGCGGUCUACUUCACCAGCGGAGAGGUGUUGGGCGGGAUGCCGCUGAAAGAGGGGGACUUGGUGAACUGCAUAGCAGUACAAGAUGGUGCCCAAGGGGGAUGGAAGGCUUUAAGGGUGGAGAAGAGUGCCGAUGCUUGGGAGGAUGGUGGAAGACCCUCCCUCGAAGAUGACAGUAUGCAGCUGCGUCCUCUCAUUGGCACAGUCACAGCUUUUGAUGGAGAUGGCGGCUACAUAAACCAGACCACAUACUUCCCUCGCUGCAGUCUAUGGGAAGGAUACGAGCCAAUGAAAGGAGACUGGGUCCAAGCAAAAUACUGUAUCAAUCCUACCAAGUGGACCACCCAGGCACGUUCUGUCGUCCCUUUACGGUACCGUCGCCUAGACCAGGUGCAUGUGACCAGUCUGUAUGGUAAAAAAGGAGUAGUGGGGGACAGUGUGUUCUUCAGCCUGGACUCUCUGCUGCUGCCUGCCCACUACCAGCCUUUGCCAGGGCACCUGGUCAACCUUGUGAUGGUGGAGAGCAGUCAGUCCUUGUACUGUUGGAGGGCCCUGUGCAUGGCCCCAUGCCUUCAGAGUGGGAAUGUUCCUGCUACACAUCUCCCAGAGGCUGAACUCGAGAGUAUUUUGGAAAACAAAGGGGGGUUGGAUGUAACAGACUAUGGCCAGUUUGUGGAUCUGAUAAUGGGGGAAAAACAAGAGCUGGUGCUCUGGAUACAAAAUAAAGGUUCAGAGAUCCACAGGCUGAAGUGCUGUGACUUUGCUGGCUGGGACUCAGAAGAACAGUUCACUUUGGUUACUGUCAAAGACUCUACACCACUGGGACAGAAACAACAGCCUUUGAGACAGGAGAGAGCUGUGGAUAUUCCACCAGGAGAGAGGUUGUCUAUUGUAGUAGCCUGCCAAGCAAAGAACCUGGGAAGCUGUGCUGAGCUGCUGUUGCUGCACUUCUCCUCUUUCACCAUCGGGCGGCGCCUUGAGGUCACAGUAGCCAGUAAAGAGGAGAACCUGCUGCAGCCCUCGGUACCCUACAGUACCAGAGAUGUACGUCUGGUCUCAACAAUGCCCACUAAUACUAACGUGAUCACCGUCUCUGUUCCAAAAGCCAUCCCAAGGUCUUUCAAGCGGCGGCUGCCGAACUUCAUAUCUAACUAUCCAUUGCCCCAGGCUCUCAGAGACUGUGUGGAGGCACAACACGACGUGCUGGUAGUUCAGCCCUGCCUCGGAGAGGCGCUAUCACCAUCCAACAUGCGUUUGCGUUUCUCGGUCCUUCUCUGGCUGGAAGAGCUGCAUGCCGAGAAGGAAAUCAGAGAAUUCACCAUCAUCGGGGCCCUUCUCAGGAAAGGAGCAGCCUACCUACACCUAGAGGUCCUUGGGUUGGCCGAAGGCAGACCGAGUCUCAGUAUAGGUGACAGAAUAGUUUUGAAGAAACCACAGAGGGACGGUGUGGUAGUGGAGUACGUUAGUUAUGUCGCAGAGAUCAAUGAUGAAAAUGUGAGUUUGAGAGUGAACUCUGAGUUUCAACGCAGCUACCUCGGAGAGCCACUUGAUGUUGAGUUCUCUUAUAACAGAAUUACCAUGAGACGGUGUCACAACGCACUUGAACAGACAAAACAGUUCGGGGAGGUUCUCUUCCCCUCUAGAUUGGCUCUUAAGACCCCUCAAUGGACAGGAAAGUGGAUAGAGGAGCCAGACCAGAACCAAACAAUGGAGAACAUUGAGGUUCCAGACAUGGCACAUGGAAAUGUUUCGAGUGUGACGUCAAAGGCCACACAGACUAAAGAUGGUAGUCCGCCAUCUAAACCCAUCCCCAGCAUAGGGCACUUCUUUAACGCGGACCUGAACCCCCCUCAGAGAGAGGCAGUGAAGAGCAUCCUGGCAGGCGAGUGUCGGCCUCUUCCUUAUGUGCUGUUUGGACCUCCGGGCACUGGAAAGACCAUCACCCUCAUAGAGGCCAUACUACAGGUUUACCACUUUCUGCCCAGUAGUCGGGUACUCGUAUGUACUCCCUCCAACAGUGCUGCUGACCUCGUCUGCAUCCGCCUACAUGACAGUGGCUUCCUGCAUGCUGCCAGUUUGGCCCGUGUCAACGCAUCCUCUAGGCAGGAAGAGUCCAUCCCAGAAGUGCUGAGACUUUAUUCAAAGGCAGGAGAGGACAUCCGUCAUGCCUCUUUUCACAGGAUUGUGGUCAGCACCUGCUCCAGCGCUGGCAUGUUCCAUAAUAUAGGACUACAAGUGGGACAUUUUACCCACGUGUUUCUGGAUGAAGCCGGUCAGGCCACAGAGCCCGAGUCCCUUAUCCCGAUGAGUUUUAUGUCUGAGAGAGAUGGACAGAUAGUGUUGGCUGGUGACCCCUGUCAGUUGGGUCCAAUAGUGAAGUCCAAGCUGGCCUCUGCCUUCGGCCUGGGGGUGUCUAUGUUGGAAAGGUUGAUGGCGAACUCGCUGUACUCCAGACAUGACUGGGGAUACAACCCUAAGCUGGUAACAAAGCUGAUCUACAAUUACCGUUCUCACGAGGCCUUGCUCACGCUGCCCUCCAAGCUCUUCUACAAGAACGAACUGUGUUUUAAAGCACCACGGGCCAUAGUGGAGACUCUCUGCAAGUGGAAAACCUUGCCCAAAAAAGGCUUCCCACUCCUCUUCCAUGGCAUUAGGGGCACAGAAAUGAGGGAAGGUAACAACCCAUCAUGGUUCAACCCAGUGGAGGCUGUACAGGUCAUGAUCUACUGCUGCCAGCUGGCAAAGAAGCUCUACAACCCCGUGGACGCUUCUGACAUCGGCAUCAUUGCCCCCUACAAGAAACAAUGUGAGAAGAUUCGAGUGCUGCUGGGUAAGGUAGGCCUGUCUGACAUCAAAGUGGGCUCCGUGGAGGAGUUCCAAGGACAAGAGUUCCUGGUCAUCAUCAUGUCUACGGUGCGCUCUAAUGAAUCGGUACAGAGUGAUGAUUUGCAGGCUGCGCUCGGCUUUCUGGCCAACCCCAAACGCUUCAACGUGGCCAUCACUCGUCCCAAAGCCCUGCUCUUGGUUGUUGGAAACCCCCACAUUCUCAUCAGGGAUCUUUGCUUCAGGGCUCUACUGCAGUACUGUUUCAUCAACGGGGCCUAUCUGGGCUGUGACCCCCCUCCCUUCCUAAGAGAAUCUGAGAUUGUUGCAGAACUGCAACAGACUGCAUAAGAGGACGACAUAAUCAUGGCAUCGGUGUUAACUGAAUUUGUUUGAAAAGAAAAUCUGUCUGUGAAUGCAGUUCCAUGCGGG